GCAGGGGCUAAACAGAAGAAAGAAAUUGAAGAUAAGUAUGAAGGGUACAGACAGUGUGCAGCAGCAGGAGAGGUCAAACAUUCAGUGUGAGUCCAGAGAAGAAGGCUUUGCAGCAGCAGCAGCAGAAAGAGGGAGACAAAGCUUCUGCUUUUUCUUGGCAUUGCCGUAAUCAACUGCGCCGCAGAAUGAUUGCCCACUUCCUUUUUCCUGAACUUUCUUCCCAGCAAAAUCAACUUUCUCGGGAAAAAUAUUCCUUUCUGUCUCACUUCGCAUCUCCUUUCUUCUUUUCUCGGCAUUGGGUUUUUGGAUUUUCUCAGUCAAAAUGAAUGGAUUAGAGACUAUUCACCAGCCCGAGUCACCAGCACAGGAGGGUUAACAGUUAACAGCGUGCAAUUGUCAUUCUUUUACAACGUCUUACUCAUGUUAACAUAAAAGUUAAAUCUACGUCAAAGUAAAUGGGUUUUAAAAUUUUCAAAAGCUUUUGUUUUUGAAAACAAAAAAAAAAAAAAACAAAAUCAUAGAUCAUGUCCAACAAGCUGGCAGCAUCUUUCACUCACUCGAAAGCUUAUAAAUUGAAGCAAAUCAUUCAAAGGGGAGGAAUCCUCGAUAACUGCAUCAAACAUAUAUCUAUCAGAUUACAGUCGUAUCAUCAAGAAGAGCAAAACCAAACCCAGGUCGAAGAGUUAGUCAUGUACUCUAUUCCAAGCUACUAUGAACUGGGAAGCUGUUCAAAUUCCGCGAACUUUCUCCAAGGCGUGCUGAGCUCGUCGGCGGCGGCGGCGGCGAACAGUUACCUGGGCAACUCAACGGGCAGCUCGCGAUCGUCGACGGCGGAAGAGAAGGCGGCGGCAGCGAGCAAGAGCCACAGCGAGGCCGAAAGAAGACGCCGGAAGCGAAUCAACGGUCACUUGGCUACGCUUCGGACUCUCGUUCCGAACACUAUCAAAACAGACAAGGCUUCGUUGCUAGCGGAGGUAGUCCGGCGGCUGAGGGAGCUGAAGAAGACGACGACGGAGCUGGCAACGAACGCCGGCGAAGGUGGAGAGAGCCGGCAGUAUCCGGGAGAAGCCGGAACGCAGCUGAUCAACGUGUUCCCGAGCGAAGCGGACGAGCUGAAGCUGUGUUACUGCGAGGGAGGUUCGUUAAUAAAGGCCACGCUGUGCUGCGAGGACCGGCCGGAGCUGAUGGCUGAGGUGGGCAGGGCGGUGAGAGCGGCGGAGGGGAGGGUGGUGAGGGCGGAGAUGGCGACGGUAGGCGGGCGGCUGAAGAGCGUUUUGUGGGUGCAAGUGGCGGCGGGGUGCGCCGCCGGCGGAGAUGAGAGUCUGGGGGGCUUGAGGCGAGCACUGAAGGUGGUGGUGGACAAAGCGGGUUUGUCGGCGGGGCUGAGCCAUGUCUUGCCGGAGAAUAAAAGGCCCCGUCUCUCUCAUCAUCAGUUCUGAGCUUUUGGGGACCAACAGGGACUGUCAUGCUCAUGCAUCGGCAUCUAUAUAUAUAUAAUGGAAUUUUGGUUCUCUUUUUGGAUGCUUACAUAUAUGUAUGUGUGUGUAUAUAUAUAUAUGCAUCAUGCAUGAGUUGCAGUUGUAGAUUAUAUAUAGCAGCAGCAGCAGCAGUAGCAGUAGCAGUAGCAGUAGCAGUAGCAGCAGCAGUAGCAUGUAUUCAGGUUGAUGAUGCAAUGCAUUGCAUUGCCUGUGGCACCUUCUUGCAGACCAACAAAGACUCAAAUGUCUCCUUGUACCAUUUCAAAAAUCAAUGCAAGGGCAGUUUAGUCUUUUUGCCUUAUUAACUUAUUGUA